UGUUGUCGGCUGCGUCUGCUUCUUGUCUCCGACCCGUGCCCCGUGCUGCGCGAGCCGUUGCCUGCGGCAGCUCAGGAGAAUGCGGACGUCUCGACAUAAAAUUAAGCAUAGUUCAUAAGCUACAUUCUGCUUGUUUCGUCAUACAGUGAGCAUAUUGCAUUAUCAAUACGGAAGAGCUAGUAAAACUGAUGGUGAAAUCACUUAUAAAUGUAAGACUGCUAAGAAGCUCCCGUGAAAUUGACUGGACCUGAAUUUCACUGUGUAACAAAAUGUCUGACUGCAGCGAAGGCCCAUCAUGCUCAGACUUAGUCUGCAGCGAAGCAGAUGUUCCACCCGAGGGCAAUGGAGCAAUUUUAUCAGUGGACAGUUUUCCUAAAGAAUCUCUAGAAGUCAUGGAUCUGAUGCGGAGGCACAGGGUGCUCUGCGACGUAGAAAUCAGGGUCGGGUCAGACUCGUUUCCAGCGCAUCGCCUGGUGCUACUUGCUGCUUCCCCCUACUUCCGAGCCAUGUUUGCUGGGGGCUUGCGUGAGGCAGCACUGCCAGUAGUCCACAUUCAAGGGGUUAAUCCAAGCACUAUGGCUUCUGUGAUGCGUUUUGCUUACACAGGACGAGUGUGUGUCGACCACCGGAAUGUCUGUCAGCUUCUGCCUGCUGCCACCAUGUUUCAGAUGAAUCACAUUAUCGAGGCAUGCUGCAACUACUUAGAGAAGCAGCUUGAACCGUCAAACUGCAUCGGAAUAGGAGACUUCGCUUUGCAGCACGGAUGUACACAUCUCUACCUCAAGGUCAACGAGUACAUCGAUCAGAACUUCUCUCUAGUAUCGGAAGGAGACGAAUUUCUGACACUGUCGGCGGGUCAGCUCGUUAACCUGAUCAAGCGAGACGAACUCAACGUGCGUUGCGAACUCGAAGUGUUCAACGCUGUGCUCCGCUGGGUGAAGCACGAUGAAUCUCGCAGACGUUCCAAGACUGCAGAUGUACUAAGUGCAGUGCGCUGUCACUUCCUCACUCCCAGAUUCCUCAAACAGCAGCUUCAGAACUGCGAGCUCGUCCGCAGCAUGCCUCAGUGUUCUGAAUACCUCACAAAGAUUAUUCAGGACUUGACGGUUCGACGACAAUACACUGUGGCUCAGAGGAAGCCACAAGUGGCACAGGUUGUGUACUGUGUUGGCGGCUAUCAGCAACAUUCCCUGGGAGCCUUGGAAUGCCUGUGCCCUCCACACCGCUGGUUUCGAUUAGCCGAGUUGUCUUGUCCUCGAUCGGGCCUUGGAGCUGCGUUUGUAAAUGGCAAGAUGUAUGCAGUUGGCGGCCGGAACAAUUCACCCGAUAAGAACUAUGACUGUGCCAUGGUGGACUGCUACGACCCGGUGAACAACUCCUGGCACUCCUGCGCUGAAAUGUCGGUACCUCGCAAUCGAGUGGGCCUGGUAGUCCUGGAUGGCCUUCUGUACGCUGUGGGGGGCUCCCAUGCCACUCAGCAUCACAGAUCAGUAGAGAGGUACGACCCUACCGAGGACAGCUGGACGACCGUGGCACCUAUGAGCUGCGCUCGCAUCGGCGUAGGUGUCGCUGUGGUGCGCAGGCUGUUAUACGCAGUCGGUGGCUACGACGGGGAGAACAGACUAAAAUCUGUCGAGUGCUACGACCCAGAUCGAAACCAGUGGAGCACUGUGACAUCCAUGAACUCAAAUCGGAGCGGUGCCGGUGUUCUGGCAGUGGACACGUUCGUGUUUGCUAUUGGCGGAUACGACGGCACGAGCCAACUGAAGUCCGUGGAACGCUACGACACCGAGAAAGAUACCUGGAUGUUUGUCACACCCAUGAUCUCUCCUCGAAGCGCCCUGGCAGUUGCCGUGCUCAAUGGCCGUGUCUACGCAUUAGGGGGUUACGAUGGAACGUCAUUCCUGUCAACUGUCGAGGUGUACGACCCCGAAGCUGACGAAUGGACUGAAGGUUUACGCAUGCAGACAGGAAAGAGUGGCCACGCCGCGGCCGUCUGGCGUGCCCCCUGCCUCAUGCACGCCAUUCUCUGAUCAUCCAAUUCAAGAUUCUGCAUGCUAUCAUGUUUCAUAUCAUUAAUUGAAGUACAAAUAUAUGGCGCAUGCUCGUGCCGACACUAUCGGCUGCUGGCAGCUGAAGAUGCAGUGGCAAAUGCAUUUAUAGAACCAUUCUUUCUCUUUUUUUGAGCAUAGUCACACCAAGUCAAUAAAAUUGUCCUAUAUUGAA